AUGUCUGAUUCCAAACCUCAGGCAGCAGCAGGGUUCCACCAUCUCAUAAAAUACUUUGACAUUGGUGUGAACUUCACAGAUCCAAUGUUUCACGGUUCAUACCAUGGUAAAAAUCAUCAUCAAUCAGAUAUAGAAGAUGUCAUACUCCGUGCUAAAACGUUCAACGUUCGUAGGAUGUUACUAACAGGGAGUUCAUUAGAAGAGAGCAGAACAACUUUGGAAAUAGCAAGUUCUUAUCCUGAUUAUUUAUACUCCACUGUUGGUGUUCAUCCAUGUUCUGUUAACGAGAUUAAUGAAACUAAUGAAGUUGAGUAUUUACAAAAUUUAAAAGAAUUGGCAAUAAGUGGUAAGAAAGCGGGUAUAGUGAAGGCGUUUGGUGAGAUUGGGUUAGAUUAUGAUAGGUUACAUUAUACACCAAAAGAGCAUCAGUUGAAAUAUUUCCAAAAACAAUUGGAUAUAGCUGUGGAAGUUGGACUACCUUUAUUUUUACACAUGAGAGCUGCUAAUGAUGAUUUCAUACAAACUAUUAAACCAUAUUUACAUCAAUUGAAGAAUGGGGUGGUUCAUUCAUUUACAGGUACCUUGGAAGAAUUGGAUGCAUUACUUGAAUUGGGUUUUUACAUUGGUAUAAAUGGUUGUUCUUUGAAAACUGAAGAGAAUUUAAAAGUUGUUGAAAAAAUCCCUCUUGAAAAGUUAAUGAUUGAAACUGAUGCGCCUUGGUGUGAGAUUAGGAAAACUCAUGCAGGUUAUAAAUAUUUAACAAGUUAUCCUAAUGAGACUUAUCCUCAAGUUUUAACUAAACAAUCUUCAGAAAUUUCAUUGAAUUCUAUAGCAUCAUCUAAAAAAGCUCCACAAAUUAAACUUGACCCAUUAUUACCUUUCCCAGUUUUGAAAAAAGAACAAUAUGAUAGAUAUGAUCCAACUAUAAGAACUUUAAUUGGUGAAAAAGCUUCACCUUUAAUUAAAUCAAGAAAUGAACCUGUUCAUAUUGGUCAAGUUGUGGAAAUUAUUGCAAAAGUUAAAAAUGAAUCUGUUGAAACUGUUGUUAAACAUGCAUGGGAAAACACUUUGAAAUUAUUUAAAGUUGAAGAUGUUGAUGAUGAAGAGUUUUUUACAUAUUAG